AUGUCGUUCCGCAAUAUAUUCAACAAACAGACGUUUCGUUAUGUUUUUACCACUCACUUCUGGGGUCCUGUGUCUAACUUUGGUAUCCCUGUCGCUGCUGUUUUGGACUUGAAGAAGGACCCAGAGUUCAUCAGUGGUCCUAUGACUGGUUCUUUGAUCAUCUACUCAUUGGUUUUCAUGAAAUACUCCUUGGCCAUCCUGCCAAAGAACUACUUGUUGUUUGGCUGCCACUUUGUCAAUGAGUGUGCGCAAUUGGUGCAAGGCUUUAGAUGGACGAGGCAUCAUUACCUGGAACCUAAGAUCGAGGAGGCCAAGUAG